UCUUGAGUUUUCCGGAAAAAUCAGAGAAAAAAAUUGGAUUUUUUCCCUUUCUUUCUGGGGUUUUAAGCUAACCAGGAAGGAAGAACUUGAAAAAAAAGGGUGUUGUUGGUAUGAUGAUGUCAAAAAUUGUGGCUAGAACGGUUGAUCUUCGAUCCGAUACGGUUACUAAACCGACCGAGGCGAUGAGGGCUGCCAUGGCAGCUGCUGAAGUUGAUGAUGAUGUCCUCGGUACUGAUCCGACCGCCUUCCGGUUAGAAUCGGAAGUGGCGAGGAUGUUGUGCAAGGAAGCCGGUCUAUUUGUCCCAUCGGGUACCAUGAGUAACCUCAUUAGUGUGCUCGUCCAUUGUGACAUUAGGGGAAGUGAAGUCAUUCUCGGAGACAAUUCCCAUAUACAUAUCUAUGAGAAUGGUGGUAUUUCGACGAUUGGAGGUGUGCAUCCAAGGCCGGUAAAGAGCAACGAAGAUGGAACGAUGGACAUCGGUUUGAUCGAAGCUUCCAUUCGAGACCCUAGAGGAGAGCUUGUGUACCCAACUACAAGGCUGAUUUGCUUGGAGAAUUCGCAUGGGAACACAGGAGGUCGAUGCUUGCACGUGGAGUACAUAGACAAAGUUGGUGAGCUAGCUAAGAAGCAUGGUUUGAGGCUUCACAUUGAUGGGGCUCGAAUUUUCAAUGCAUCUGUGGCGCUCGGAGUUCCUGUCGAUAGGCUUGUACAACCGGCCGAUUCAGUCUCGGUCUGUCUAUCAAAAGGUUUGGGUGCUCCGGUUGGAUCUGUCAUCGUUGGUUCGAAAACCUUCAUUGCCAAGGCUAGAAGACUUCGGAAAACAUUAGGUGGUGGGAUGAGGCAGGUUGGUUUCAUUUGUGCCGCCGCAUUGGUUGCUUUACGAGAGAAUCUUGGAAAGCUUGAGCAUGAUCACAUGAAUGCAAAGGCGUUGGCGGUGGGGCUGAAUCAAAUUGAAGGCCUUAGAGUGAACGCUGCUGCAGUGGAAACCAAUAUUAUAUUUUUUGACAUAACGGAAGGAUCAAAAAUCACGGCAGCAGAACUAUACAAGCAUUUAGCAGAACACGGUGUACUUGUCAUGCCAGAGGGUCCAUCCAGGAUGAGAAUUGUCCUUCACCACCAAAUUUCAUCAAGUGAUGUUCAGUACACUUUGUCAUGCUUUCAGCAAGCAUUUAGUGGAUUGCAAGAAGAAAAUGGCAACUGAGACACAAAUGGUAUUCCUCUAAUUACCCGCAGAUCAGUACCCAAUCCCAUUUAUCAUAAAUAAUGACGUAAACUUUUCUUUAUGGUUCAUCGAUUGGUAAUUUGUGUAUGCAUAUAAUGUAUAGUUUUUAUAUUUGUUUUCUUUCUAUAUAAACGCAGUUGCUCGAA